GUCCAUUGUUGCCCAACGCAGAGCACACCGGCGAGACCUUUAGCACUGCUUCUUUACAACGCGUUUCAGCAGUCGUAGCAGAUAAAACAACAUUCUCUUCUGAGAACUGGACAGCAUAAAUAUCCUCCAAUAAAAGUCUCUCUCUGAUUCCCAUUCACUCGAUAUUUGCAUCCGCAAUUUCACAACCACCGGACGAAGUGCGACUCGUCGAGUACUUUUGAUUACUCUGUAACCAACCAUUCUGAGCAGUGAAUUGUGUAUAAAAUAAUCCACCCAUGCUAUCCACUCUGAAACCCAUCCAAGCACUUUGGUAUUAAACUUGAGACAUUUUCAUUGGUGAACAUUAGGUCAAAUAUCCGACCAUAAAACGAGCACUAAGCAAAACAAAAUUAUUCGCAAAUUCCAGCAAGUGAGCAAAACCCGUCUUUUACCAUAACCUGCGUUACUGCCAAAUAAAACCAGUACUGGUGCUUCAUGUGUGCAGAGUAUCAUCCUCCUCAUCAAAUUCCAUGCAGUCGUUGUGCGAACAAGUUUUUAUCUCGGUCUGCCCACUUAUUAGUUUCUAAUAAGCUCCCUUUUGCCUUCUCGCUCAAACUCUGAUUUUGGACAACCAAUUUUUGCUACUACUGCGACUGACGGCCCGCAGCGUGCGCUAAUUUUAACGCCCAUCAUCAUCUCUAAACAGGACUUGGAUGCAAAGACACAUUUCUACAUAGCUACGCAAACUGCUACGUCUCAAGCCCCACGUUUCAUGAAUUUUUUGCUGCAUUCCACAUUUAAUCAAGAGUUGGACAACAAUCAGCCAGAACUAUAACUAACCAGAGUUGAAUUAGCGUGGGCUAGGUUAGCUACUUGUGCGUAAUUCUACUUCUUACAUCCCAUUAAUAUUGUUGGCUGGCAGAUUACGAACUUGUCCACCAACUUACAUCUUAUUUAUUUAUGACGGAUCGCGUAAUAUAUGUAACGAGCAAAAAAGUAAUAUCUGUCGAGAGUGGCGAAUUUGUUCCAAAUCAUGGCCAAAACAAUGCCAUAGUUGCUGCCACUUAGUUAGCUGGUUUUACCUUCAUACACGUGCGUGGCUUCGUGGCUGAAUCAAUUGGCUGACAUUGUUUUCGAUUGGGAACGAUUUUCAAUCCUUUGAUUGUUUUGUUUUGUGAAUUGUGGUGACAGUCUCUCGUACCUUGCGACGACGGCCAUACGACGACGCCAUAGAGAAGAGCGACUUCUUACUUGGUAUCAAAGUCAUAUCAACAUCAUACUCACCAAACCUUACGAAAAGUCAGAGCGUUAUUCAUGCGAGGAGGAGCAGGAGGCGUAGGACGAGGAGGAGGAUAACCUGCCUGCACGACAGAUCAAUGUCACAUGGAAUGGGAUGGGUCGAGGUCGAAUUCGUCGUGGUUAUUCACUUGAAGUAAUUUUCGAAGAAGAUUCUGACUUUUGCUCCCAUUUGGACUCGUUGGACUCUGUGGCCAUUCGUUUCGGAGUUAAAGAGACUGACGAUACCAUCAGCGUGGACAGUUUGGUGGAAGAAUACAGAAUCCGAUUUCAAGGGACGGCUGACAAAGAACACGUUUUCCGUAGUUUGGACGGAAUUUGGGACGUUAGGGAAAUGAUGGAUACAUGUUUCGUUGAGUGGGACGAGUUUUCAGAUUCAGGAUCCAUUGGUAAAAUGGCACCCGGUGGGUCCUCAAAGUGUGAGUUUGAUCCUAACAAAGCUCCCCAGUUGGAAGGGAAUGCGGAAAUACCUCCAAGUGGACGACGAAGCCGGGUUAGCAGAAGACAAAUAGUUGAAGCUAGCUGGGUGUUCGACAGUGACGACAAUGACAGCAGUAAUAACGACAAUGACAACACUACGGAAGCAAUAGACAAUUUAGAAUCCAAAUCGGCUAUUGUUCUGGAACCAGAGAUUAAGCCAGUUUUGGUCACAGAAAAUAUUCAGCCUCACCCACAAGCAUACCAAAACCAUCAUGUUUUACCAAUUGAUAUAAGGCUUGGACGUGAGUCUAAGUCAUCGAGGGACGGUGAUUGUGGUGGUUCUCCAGCCGUUCACCCACUUGGGCCAUCUCCAGCAUUGUUCGGAAAUGUCAACAAUUUUUGUCACAUUGCUGACAGUUCUGAGAAGGACACACUCGAUUCGUACAUGUCGACAAGGACGGAUGACACCGAAACGAACGCAUACACAUUUGCUGACUCGGACCAUUUCGACUCUUCUUCUGUCGCUUCGACUGCGUAUGACUCAAGCGCAAGUUCUUCAUCCUCAACUGGAAGCGUUUGCACCGUUAAUGGACGGAGUAACAGCUCUCCGAAAAUAAUUCCAACCAGAGUGACCAACAAGAAGGCUUUGCACAAUGAGCUAGAAUUAAAAUUCAAAGCAGAUUUGAAUAAUUCUCGCUUCACUUGUGACGACAAGUCUCUGGCCGAGUCGUCCCCCAUCAUUAGCACAAACGGUCUCUCUGAGCUGGGGACAACGGAUGUGAAGAAGGUUCGAGCCCUGUUUGAAACUUCCUCCUCCAGAAAGUCCAGUGUGGGAGAGGACUCCAACUCGUCCACAACAAGUAGCUCGGGAGGGUCCAGUAGUCAGCGGAUAUAUUCCAAAAAUCCAGCCUCACCCACCAAUUCCAACUCCAACACCAGCAUUGUGGGAGGAGUUCACAAAAAGCUGAAGCAGUUGGUCAACAAUAACAACAACGGUCACCAUCAAACGGUGGGAAAAGUUCUUCGGUCAGCCUACAGUCAGUUCAACCUGUCCACAUCUGGAGGAGGAGGUGGUGGCCGUGGAGUCGACUUUGCAGAACUAUUAGUCAACGAUCGUGUCGUUAUCGAAGACUCCCCCGACUUGUUUCAAACGUUAAGGAGGAGCAGGCGCAAAGAAAAUGGACAUCGAGAUUCCGGAUUUUCAACCCUUCGUCGUUCAAGGAGCAUGGGGACAGGUCUCGCCGCGAUUGAAGCGUCACUUUCUCCAUGCGACAAACUUAACGGACUAAAAAAUUCCAAGAAUAACAUUUUGGCAGAAGAAAUGCCUGCUCCCGACACAGUUAAAAACGUCCGAACCGUUUUCGAGCAAAUCCUGAAGUCCAGAAACUCCAACGAUACCACAACAAACCAAACGAACGCGACGAGUGCAAACAAUAGUGGCAGCUGCAGUUUCAACAUUGUAAACGUAACAAAGAAAUCUUUGAGCUCAGUCAAGUCAAACCCGUCCUCCAAGAUUUACAGGUCAGAAAGCUUGAGGGAUGGCUUGAGGGAUGAUAUUCCUUCGAGCAGCAGUCUGCUGGCCUGUCGAAGAUUUGGCAAACCGAUUCUCAUGAACGAGUCCGGUGCGCCCGUUGUUGUGAGGGGUGCCUCCAUGUCCCCUUUGCCCGGUGAAGCAACUCCCAAAAAAUGUGGAGCAUGGCGACACGCCGCCGUAGAGAGACAACACUCGGAACCUAUAAAAUUUUCCCCCAAAGUCAACUGUCCCUUCCGACCCCGAGGAGACCUAGAGUAUGAACAAGUCCAUCCAACCUUGGCCGAGGAGUCGUUGUCCCUUCUCUCGUCACUAAACGACACUGAUGACGACCCUCCAAAAUUUGUUAGCCCAGAAAUUCUUCAAAGAAUCCGAUCCUGUGGCUCUACAACGACCUAUUUUGGGGGACAAGUAAUUGCUCAAAGUGGGAGAAAUCGGAGGCAAAUUCCAGUUUCUAGACGCCAUACGUUGAUGGAUUUUAAAGAGUUUAAUCCAGCAGAUGGUGAUUUCUUUUCCAAUUCUUUUGGGUCAAACAGCAGCAGGACAACACCUACAGCCACUCAUCAUCAGGGUCAGAUAAGCAGUAGCAGUGGCUCACCUUCGUCCAGAUACGAGCUGAAUGAAGAAUAUUUUACACCACCCCCGAUUCCUACCCCGGUUCACCAAGACUUGUGUCUGAAUGGGUUUAUUACCAUUGAGAACGACGAGGUCCAAGUGUACGUACCUCGACCAAAGCUACUUCCUCGUAGAGUAUCCCCAGAAUUGGAGGACGUGUUCAAUCUUGGGACGAAUGCAAUUGACACCACGCCUCGAAUAAUUUCCGUCCUUCCCAAAAGUCCUUCCGGUUCACCGGUCUCCUCCAUCAUCGAGGGGAACGGGAGGGGAACGCCCGAAGGGUGUGAAGGACAGGAUGGCAAGUGCGUCUGGAGCAAUGAAAUUUUCGUGGGGGACGAGGACAAAUUCAUGGCCCAACAACAACUGGACAGGAACAAUAAUAAUGUGGACGUUAAUAAGGGCAUUCUUGGUCAUCGUAUUAGUAGUGCUGCAACUGUAGACGAUAGUGAAGGAGCUUGGUUUUGAAAUAUUAAAUAAUAACACUGAUGAAAUAAUAUUAUUAGCUACGUAGUAAUAAUAGACAUUUAUGUAUUUAUGGCAUACGACUUGUAGAUUUAUAUAGCUGAAUUUUACUAAGUUCUUAGGAUAACAGAAUAUCUAUAACUUAUAACCGCAUUGCUAUGUACAAUGUUGCUAUUGACCAGAAAAAGAGUUACCCUUUGGAAAUUUCACAUUUUCAAAAUAUUAUGCUUUAAUUAUCUUAUUUUAUAAUAUGAUUACUUGUUGUGAUUGUUCAGAUUGUUGAUUUCUAUAAUAAACAAUUUGUAUUCGUUCAAUA